AUGCACCGUAUUAAUUCGUGGGCGAAAGCUCACGCAUCUUCACGAGACGAACCUGGCGACGCUGCCGCGACACAUCCCACGACCACCCAAAUACCCGAAAUUCAGCCCUCCAAGGAAUCAUCUGUCCUCCAGCAAGAUGAUCAAGUGACUUCUUCAGGUCAGGGUGUGGCAUCAAUGGCCACACCCGUUGAUAGAUCUCAUACAAAUAAAAAGCCGGGUCUUGGGACUCGCAUGCGCCUCGGCUCUAUCCGCUUCGUCAUUCACACCAAGGAUGCCAUCUGCCAUAGUUGGGUCAAUGUGCUGUUGAUCUUUGUACCUGCGGGUAUAGCUGCCGAGGCUGCAAAGCUAAAUCCUGCCGUCAUCUUUGCUCUGAAUGCAGUGGCUAUUAUCCCACUGGCGGGAUUGCUUAGCCAUGCAACCGAAAGCGUUGCCAGCCGGCUGGGUGACACUAUGGGUGCUCUGAUCAAUGUCUCCUUCGGUAAUGCUGUGGAAUUGAUCAUAUUCAUCAUUGCCCUCGUCAAAAACGAGAUUCGAAUUGUCCAGGCCUCCUUGCUGGGUUCUAUCCUAGCGAACUUGCUGCUCAUUCUCGGCAUGGCAUUCUUACUCGGUGGUCUGCGAUUCCAGGAACAGAUCUACAACAGCACUGUGACGCAGAUGAGCGCAUGUUUGCUCAGUCUCUCAGUCACCAGUCUUCUUCUGCCCACUGCAUUCCAUGCAUCUUGGAGCGACCAAAAAGACGCCGAGAAGUACACGCUGAAAGUCAGCCGGGGCACAAGCGUGGUGCUCUUACUUGUGUACAUUCUCUACAUUGUCUUCCAGCUCCGGACUCAUGCCUAUCUCUACGUUAGCACGCCUCAGCAGAUCAUUGAUGAGGAGUCACAUCCGGGAGUUCUCGCGGAGUUCAUGAACAGCUCUUCCGACUCCUCCAGCAGCUCCAGCGACGAAUCCGUCCAUACCACUAGCUCUUGGACCACAGCCAAGCGAAUCAAGAGGGCGAUGAAGAACCGACGCCGUCGCAAGUCCAGCCUCAGUUCCAAGGGUACUACUUCGAAUCUGCCCAUGGUCAGGAACCCAUCUGCAGACGAGCCUCAAGCUUCGGCAGACAGUUCAAUCACCAAUGCAGAGGUCAACUCCUGUGUGAUCGAUUUUGUCGAUGAGCAUCGUUACGAUGCCGAUGAGGACGUGGGCCAACCUUCACAGUUCCUCUCUCGAGACUUUGGUAACCCAGUGACUCAAGUGUCGAGUGUUCCCAGCGCCCGCGAGCGCCAGCGUGAACGCAAGAGGCAGCGCAGAGCACGCAAAAUGGAUCGGACACUCGAUCGGGCGGGUAGCUCGGUGGAGCCUACGGACGGGGCCCGACCUUCAGUGAAAGCCUUCCGCUCCACCCCCGUAUUCACCGACCCUACCGUCUCCAACCCCGACCCCAACCCCGACGCGACUGCGGCCGUCAAUUCCAAGACUGAGCCGAAGAGACGUUUGCCACUUGGUCCUCUUCCGUCCUUUCUGUCGAACACGGUCUUUGCCACGCCGGGACCAGGCGCGCCGGCUCAGGCAGGAGCAGACGCUCCGCGCCCGGGUCUUUCUCGCAGCAACUCCCUUCCCGCUCCUGUCAGCCGUCAGCCGACAGUUGGAAACGCUGUUCUCUAUGCACGUGGUGCUGCCCGAGCCACCAGGCCGGCCGACACGACGCGUGCGGGCAAUGAUGACGGUGAUGAGGAACCUGAAAUGUCGCGCACGGCUGCGAUAGUCAUGUUGCUUCUCUCGACGGGUCUCGUCGCCGCCUGUGCGGAGUUCCUGGUCGCCGCCAUUCCUCAGAUGCUGGAGAAUUCACCUGGGAUCAGUGAAACCUUUAUUGGUUUGAUCAUCUUGCCCAUUGUCGGUAAUGCCGCCGAGCACGUCACUGCCGUCAGUGUGGCCAUGAAGAACAAGAUGGAUCUGUCAAUCGGGGUCUCCGUCGGCAGUAGUAUUCAGAUUGCCAUCUUCGUCACUCCGCUCGUCGUCAUUCUGGGCUGGUGCAUGGACAAGAACAUGACCUUGUACUUUACCUUGUUCGAGACCAUCAGUCUGUUCGUCACGGCCUUUGUGGUCAACUUCCUCGUCCUGGACGGUCGCAGCAACUACCUCGAAGGCUCGCUCCUUCUUGCUGCCUAUAUUAUCAUUGCACUGGCAGCAUUCUACUAUCCGGGUGGCGACGCCGCCAGCUCAAUAGCAGGCUAA